AGGCUCAGGAAUCAGUUUGGAAAGGAUGGGAGAAUAACAGCCUAAAGCUUUGGAGAUGCUGAGGCUCCUCUUCCGCAGCAAGCCAAGGAUCCAGGAGGCAAAAUCAGACAUCACUUGGAUAGAGAAAGACCUCGUGGACUCUGCAGACAAGGGGGAAGGUGUUGUGCAGGAAAUCAACAUCACACACCAUGUGAAGGAAGGCUCUGAGAAGGCUGAUCCUUCACAGUUUGAGCUCCUGAAGGUGCUGGGACAAGGCUCUUUUGGCAAGGUUUUCUUGGUGAGAAAAAUAACACCACCAGACAGCAACCACCUCUAUGCCAUGAAAGUGCUCAAGAAGGCAACGCUGAAAGUGCGUGACCGACUAAGGACGAAGAUAGAAAGGGACAUCCUGGCUGAUGUGAACCAUCCCUUUGUGGUGAAACUCCACUAUGCAUUCCAGACAGAGGGGAAGCUGUACCUCAUCUUGGAUUUCCUCAGAGGAGGUGACCUUUUCACUCGGCUUUCCAAAGAGGUGAUGUUCACCGAGGAGGACGUGAAGUUCUACCUGGCAGAGCUGGCACUGGGACUCGACCAUUUGCACAGCCUGGGAAUCAUCUACAGGGAUCUCAAACCAGAGAACACCUCGUGUGACUGCUCAGAGCACGUGGGUCUGUGCUGACAGGUUUGCUCUUGUGUAGAUUUUGGCUUGAGUAAGGAGUCCAUAGACCACGAGAAGAAAGCCUAUUCCUUCUGUGGGACAGUGGAGUACAUGGCACCAGAGGUUGUGAAUCGCCAGGGCCACUCGCACAGUGCUGACUGGUGGUCGUACGGGGUCCUAAUGCCCUUCCAGGGGAAGGAUCGCAAGGACACCAUGAGCCUCAUCCUCAAAGCGAAGCUGGGCAUGCCACAGUUCCUGAGUGCUGAGGCACAGAGCCUCCUGCGAGCCCUUUUCAAAAGGAAUCCAGCCAACAGGUUAGGUUCUGGACCUGAUGGGGCAGAGGAGAUCAAGCGUCAUCCUUUCUACUCCACCAUUGACUGGAACAAACUGUACCGCAGGGAAAUCAAACCUCCCUUCAAGCCUGCAGUGGGACAGCCAGAUGACACCUUUUAUUUUGACACAGAAUUCACGUCACGUACGCCGAAAGAUUCCCCAGGUGUCCCCCCCAGUGCAGGAGAUGGCAAGGUGAAACCUGCCCAGCCACCCCUACAUUCGGUUGUGCAGCAGCUGCACGGCAAGAACGUGCAGUUCAGCGAUGGGUACGUGGUGAAGGAGGCGAUCGGCGUCGGCUCCUACUCCGUCUGCAAACGUUGCAUCCAUAAAGCUACCAACAUGGAGUAUGCAGUCAAGGUGAUUGACAAGAGCAAGAGAGACCCUUCAGAGGAAAUAGAAAUCCUGCUGCGAUAUGGGCAGCACCCAAACAUCAUCACCUUGAAAGAUGUGUACGAUGAUGGGAAGUACGUGUACCUGGUGACGGAGCUGAUGAGAGGAGGGGAGCUGCUGGAUAAAAUCCUCAGGCAAAAAUUUUUCUCUGAGAGGGAAGCCAGUUCAGUCCUGCACAUGAUCUGUAAAACAGUGGAGUAUCUGCAUUCCCAAGGGGUGGUUCACAGGGACCUGAAGCCCAGCAACAUUCUCUACGUGGAUAAGUCAGGAAACCCCGAGAGCAUUCGCAUUUGUGACUUUGGCUUUGCCAAGCAGCUGAGGGCAGACAAUGGGCUUCUCAUGACUCCCUGUUAUACAGCAAACUUCGUGGCACCCGAGGUGCUAAAACGCCAAGGCUAUGAUGAGGGCUGUGACAUCUGGAGCCUGGGGGUUCUCCUGUACACGAUGCUGGCAGGCUGCACUCCAUUCGCAAAUGGUCCCAGUGACACUCCAGAAGAGAUCCUGACCCGGAUAGGUGGGGGGAAGUUCUCCAUCAGUGGAGGCAAUUGGGACACUAUUUCUGAUAUGGCCAAGGAUUUGGUAUCAAAGAUGCUCCACGUAGAUCCUCACCAGCGUCUCACAGCCAAGCAGGUCCUGCAGCAUCCAUGGAUAACCCAGAAGGACAGCUUACCCCAGAGCCAGCUCAAUCACCAGGACAUUCAGCUUGUAAAGGGUGCAAUGGCUGCCACAUACUCUGCACUGAACAGCUCCAAGCCAAGCCCCCAGCUGAAGCCCAUUGAAUCCUCCAUCCUGGCACAGAGAAGGGUGAAGAAACUUCCCUCCACCACGCUGUGAAGCCGAGUUAGGCUGCAGGCACACACCAGAUUUUGCACACCGAUGGAAGAUGGGGCCAGGGGCCAGGGCAGUCACUGUCUGCACAGGAGCUCCCUUGGAGACUUGCUCUGAAAAGGCCAAGUGCCUUCCUGCUCCUGAAAGACUGGCUCCUCCUCGUGUGGACUGAUCUUUGCUGAGAGAACUUCACUGUAAAACUUUUUUGAAGUGUAAAUUGUCGAUUUUUAAAGACAUCCAUCUGUGUAUAUGAGAACUAGAAUGUAUAACUGAUGUCAAGUGGCACUAAAAAGCAGCUCUGAUUCACCCUUCCCUAUGUAGGGCCAGGUAUUUGUUGUUGCUACAGCAUUUCUUGGAGUUGAUCCUCUCUGACGCCGUUACAGCUGGAAGAC